AUCAUAUUGAAGCGAAAUAUUUUACUCAUAUUAGAUAAAUUCCAUUGUCGAACUAGUCAAAAGACUACACCUGCGUUAAUUCCCAUGAUUACGUGACGUUACACGCAUUUUCUCUUGUAUAGGAAUUAGAAAAGAGCGAGUACCAAAUGAUUGCCACGCUAUUCACUGUCUUGUUUUGUUUGUUCGGCACAUGGAAAGAAGUCAGCUGUAAUCCUGGCCGUCCCGUUAUUCCGGACAAUCAGGAUGCAGCCAGAAUCUUCAGUAUAGCGGAAGCGAACAGAAACACAACAGCAGACGGCUACCUGUCUCUUGAAGAAAUGGGGGAUAUCUUUCACAACUUUGAUAUAAACGAUGACCAAUGUAUAGACGAGACGGAGUUUAUCGCACAUUGGACAAACCUCAAGCUUGGAGACCUUGAUGCAGCUAUCCGACUGUUCCACCAUGCCGACACUGACAGGGACGGAUGUAUCGAGAAAGAUCCGGAUUAUUCCAGACUGUUCUAUUACUUUGAUAGAGAUGGAGACGGAAAGAUAUCCGAAAUGGAAUUUAAACGAGUUUGGUACGGUUUGUCGGCGUAAACUGAUUUUGAUUUUAUUAAAAAAUGUCCUUACAAUAAAUAGUUCAUUCAUAAAA